UUUUUUUUGCUCCUUUCUAAUCGCCGGCGCUAUGAGCUGCUCGGCUUCCGUUGCGGGCCGUUGCGCUGUCAACCGGCCGCGUAAACAAUGGGAGCGCGCGCAGGGGAUGGGGCGCGAGGCGGGCUGUUGGCGGUGUAAAGGGACAGAGAGCGAGGCCGAUCUCGAGCUAUGAGUCAGCCAGCGGCAUCGGCGGGGAGCGAGGCCGAACCUCAGCCCGAGCCUGAGCCCCAACCUAGCUCCGUGCACACGGCUGUGGGCAAAGAAGAGCAAAAGCGGUCCGGCUCUGCCUCCGGGGCCAAAGAGAAGUCGACCUCAACGGUCCCACUGCUGCCGCCGCCCCCGGGGUUGCCCCUGGCGGCCCGCAGAGCCUUAGCGUCGCUGAGCGAAGAGGCGUCAAAACUACGGCGUUCUCGAAGAUCGGAGGAGGGCAGACCAGGCCGUCACGGCCGGCAGAAGAAAACCAAGCGCGUCGUGACAGUGGACAGCUCCAAAGCCAAGACUUCAUCCGAGGCACUGAAGAUCUGUAUCCAGCAGCUGAAGUGGAAGGAGUUUCCAACAGGCCGUCGCCACCUUUGUGAUGUCUAUUGGCACGGAUCGUCUUUUCAUGAUGGUGAAGUUAGCAGCUCAGGUCAAGUCAACAAAUAUCCAGGCAUGACGGAACUAGUGCGCAAGAUUAAUUUUAGUCGGGCAGUUCGCACAAUGCAGGAAUUAUUUCCUGAAGAAUACAAGUUUUAUCCUCGUUCUUGGAUUUUGCCAGAAGAAUAUCAAACUUUUGCAGAUCAGGUACGUGUGUCGAAAGAAAAUGAUUCAUCUUGGAAGCCUACUUUUAUUGUAAAGCCAGAUGGAGGAUCCCAAGGUGAUGGAAUCUACCUCAUUAAAGAUUCUAAUGAUGUCCGAAUGUUGGCCAACCUUCGCAGCAAGCCAGCAGUGGUCCAGGAAUAUAUCAGCAAGCCAUUACUGAUUGACAAAUUGAAAUUUGACAUUCGAUUGUAUGUCUUGCUCAAAUCACUAGAUCCGUUGGAGAUCUACAUAGCCAAAGAUGGUCUGUCUAGAUUCUGUACAGAACCAUAUCAAGAGCCUAACAGUAAAAAUUUUCAUCGUGUAUUUAUGCACUUAACAAACUACUCUCUGAAUGUCCAUAGUGGAAAUUUCAUUCAUUCUGACAAUGUAAACACAGGAAGCAAAAGGACAUUUUCAAGUAUUGUCACCAAGCUUUCUAUGCGAGGCUAUGAUGUGAAGAAAAUGUGGUCAGAUAUUAUCACGUUAGUAAUUAGGGCUAUUAUUGCGUUGGUUCCUGAAUUAAAAAUUUAUCAUCAAACGUAUAUUCCUCCAGGAAAGCCUGGACCGACAUGCUUUCAGAUUUUAGGAUUUGAUAUACUUCUGAUGAAAAACAUGAAGCCUGUUUUAUUGGAGGUGAAUGCCAACCCCAGCAUGAGAAUAGAACAUGAACAGGAGAUUUCUCCUGGACUCUUUGAAUAUGUCGCUAGUCCUGUGGAUGAAGAAAUUAAAGUUGCCAUCAUUAGAGAUACACUCCGUUUGGUUGAUCCAGCACUUAAAAAAAACAAUCGCCAUCAAUCAUGCCUCACUGACUAUGCAGCAGAUAGUGACCAAGAGGAGACAGUUGAAGCUGAACCACAGGACACAAACGGGACUCCCUCCAGCAAAGAACAGAACUGGUCACCCCUCUGCUUGAAGCAAGUCUUUCCUAAGUAUUCUCGACAAUUCAGUUACUUGCUGAUUGUGGACCGUAUUGCUCUACUAUUUAUCAGAUUCCUGGGCAUUAAAGGAAGUAUGAAACUUGGUCCAACAGGGUUUCGGACUUUUAUCAGGACCUGUAAACUCAGCAACAGUAACUUGUCGAUGGCAUCUGUUGAUAUUUUAUACAUUGAUAUUGCGCGAAGAUGGAAUAUUAUUCGUGGGGACCGAGGAGAAUCUGGUAUGUGCUUUCAAGCAUUUAUGGAGGCCAUCUUUCACUUGGCACAGAGGAGGUAUAAGACUCCACCUCUGCGUGAGCAAGUUGAGGCACUGGUCAAUUUCUGUGAAUAUCAGCUGGAAGUCCAGGAUGAGAAACACAUUCUGUACGGCCGUGGAACAACAGACCAAAGAUUGAGCUUAACUAUGUAUCAGCCUGAAGCAUCUCGCUCGGGUACUACCAAUCACAUGCGAUUAUUAAACCGAAUGAGCACUUCAAAUAGAUUGUCGGCAUCGUCAUUACCUACAUCAGCAGAUCAACAACUUGUAAAUUCAAUGAGUUCAAGAGUAACUGAUUGCUCGCCAGCAGCUUCCUUCAGUCCCAAUGGAUGGGACAAUCUGGGCUGCAGGUUUUGUCGUAAUGCCAACCAGUGCUGCUCUGUGAUUGGUUUAAAUGAUGUGCGUUCUCAACGGCUCAAGCUGACACAAAUUUUACGUCCAUCUGUAACGUCAUACUUUAUGUAGCAGCCCAGCUUUCGAAUGGCAGUUCCCCUCCACCAUAUCUCCAGGACUCAUUCCUGCACACUCAGUAGGAAGUUAGCUCUUCGCUGCUAGGAUAGCUAGCAAUGGAUAAAUAUUUUCAAGCCAAUUCUGCUGAAGUAGAGUGAUUAUACCUGCAUUUCAUAUUAAUUAGACCCCUGUAUUUCAUACUUAGAAUCAUGUGCGGUUUAUUUAAGUAAAAAUCAAAGCAAGCAUUUUUCAGGCCCAUGGGAACUCCAGAUUCAAAACAAUUUGCAUUUAAUGUAAAAAGCCACCAUUUGGCUCCUGGCCCUAAUCCAUUUAUAUCAUUUUAUUAAACAAAUUUCAUUGUGGAUGUUUUCUCUUCCUUUUAUGAGUUGCUGAUUGUCUUAUAAUUACUAUUGCCAUGUUGUUGUCAUGUUCCUGAAUCUUCUGCCAAUUAGCUCAAAUAGCAGAUGUUCUGUGUUUUUUAAGUUCACUUUUUUCUAUAGACAUCACAGGAUCACCACACUGGCACAAAAUGAGCUCCUCAUUUAUGUAUAUCAGGGUUUCUGUGAAUUAACACUCAUUGGGCUAUAACUUACUGACGGUGCUAAUAGUAGAUAAAUGCUGAAUAUAUCUCCAAAGCAUUUGUCCUUCUACUAAUAAAUAGAUUAACAGCUUUGCCAAAAUAGUGGAUGGAGGAAUGUAAUACAUGUAUUAAGCCUUCAUCCACUAGAAGCAGUAAUUUCAAACCCAUA